GGGUAGUUGCAGAUGAGACUUUAUUGAUCUGCGGAGGGGAGUUGACGAUGAAGCUGAGUUCUGAUUGGCUGGUGGCGUUUCCGUGGUGACAGCAGCCUGAGAGCACACGCCACCACCUCCAUCCUCUGCCAGUUUAUUGAAGUGGUAUCAGUCGUCCCGCAGAGCCCAGCGAGAUGUGUGCGUGCUGAUCUGAGGUCAGCUCAGGGCGCCGACAUUAAAGCAAGCCGCCGCCGCUGCUGAAGGUCGGACAUCAGUCAGACCGUCUGCAUCUCUGCCAUCUGACGGAGGAUUUAAAUAUCACGGGGCGCAGUGACAGACAGCAGACAUGGACACCACCACGUCCAUCAAGAUGACCACUCUGGCCAUCCAGAACCUGUUCAGCUACGUGGAGGAGGAAAACCUGUCUGCGCUCAAAUCUCACCUGGACCGCUUCAAGGAGGUGGACGGACGCAGCGACAACGGUCAGACUCCCCUCAUGCUGGCGGCGGAGCAGGGCAGCAUGGAGAUCGUCCAGGAGCUCAUCAGGAGAGGAGCCAACGUCAACCUGGACGACGUGGACUGCUGGUCGGCUCUGAUCUGUGCAGCUAAAGAAGGUCACGUGGAGGUGGUGAAGGAGCUGCUGGAGAACAGCGCCUACAUCGAACACAGAGACAUGGGAGGCUGGACGGCUCUGAUGUGGGCGGCUUACAAAGGUCGUGUGGAGGUCACCGAGCUGCUGCUGGAGCACGGAGCCAACCCCAACACUACAGGACAGCAGUACAGUGUGUAUCCGAUAAUCUGGGCUGCAGGUCGAGGACACGCCGACAUCGUUAAAGUGCUGCUGCAGAACGGAGCUAAAGUCAACUGUUCUGACAAGUACGGGACCACUCCUCUGAUCUGGGCGUCCAGGAAAGGACACUUUGACUGUGUGAUGCACCUGCUGGAGAACGGAGCCGACGUCGACCAGGAGGGGGCGAACUCCAUGACGGCUCUGAUCGUGGCGGUGAAGGGCGGCUACACCGAGGUGGUGAAGGAGCUGCUGAAGAGAAACCCCAACGUCAACAUGACGGACAAAGACGGAAACACGGCGCUGAUGAUCGCCGCCAAGGAGGGCUACACCGAGAUCGUCCAGGACCUGCUGGACGCCGGGACGUACGUCAACAUCCCGGACCGGAGCGGGGACACAGUGCUGAUCGGAGCAGUGAGGGGGGGUCAUGUGGAGAUCGUCAGAGCUCUGCUGCAUAAAUACGCCGACAUCGACAUCAGAGGACAGGAGAACAAAACGGCGCUGUACUGGGCCGUGGAGAAAGGAAACGCCACCAUGGUGAGAGACAUCCUGCAGUGUAACCCCGACACUGAGACCUGCACCAAGGACGCAGAGACUCCUCUGAUCAAAGCCACCAAGAUGAGGAACAUCGAGAUCGUCGAGCUGCUGCUGGAUAAAGGAGCCAAAGUGUCGGCUGUCGACAAGAAAGGAGACACGCCCCUCCACAUCGCCAUCCGUGGGCGGAGCCGGCGCCUGGCCGAGCUCCUCCUCAGAAACCCCAAAGAUGGCCGCCUGCUGUACCGACCCAACAAGGCCGGAGAGACGCCGUACAACAUCGACUGCAGCCACCAGAAGAGCAUCCUCACUCAGAUCUUUGGUGCUCGUCACCUGUCCCCCACAGAGUCAGAUGGAGACAUGUUGGGUUAUGAUCUGUACAGCUCUGCACUGGCUGACAUCCUGAGUGAACCCACCAUGCAGCCUCCCAUCUGCGUGGGUCUGUACGCCCAGUGGGGCAGCGGCAAGUCCUUCCUGCUCAAGAAACUGGAGGAUGAGAUGAAGACGUUUGCCGGUCAGCAGAUCGAGCCGUUGUUUCAGUUCUCCUGGCUCGUCGUCUUUCUGUCUCUGCUGCUCUGCAGCUCCGUCGCCGUCGUCCUCGGCUUCACCGUCGACCCGAAACUCGCCAUGGCCGUGUCCCUCAGCCUGCUGGCUCUGCUCUACCUCUUCUUCGUGGUGGUAUACUUCGGCGGGCGUCGGGAGGGGGAGAGCUGGAACUGGGCGUGGCUGCUCAGCACCCGUCUGGCCCGGCACAUCGGGUAUCUGGAGCUGCUGCUGAGGCUGAUGUUUGUGAACCCGCCGGAGCUGCCGGAGCAGAGCACCAGAGCGCUGCCUGUCAGGUUCCUGUUCACAGACUACAACCGUCUGUCGAGCGUCGGUGGAGAAACGUCGAUGGCCGAGAUGAUCGCCACGCUGUCCGACGCCUGCGAGAGGGAGUUCGGCUUCCUCGCUACUCGUCUGUUCAGAGUGUUUAAAACAGAGGAGACGCAAGGUAAGAGGAAGUGGAAGAAGACGUGCUGCGUCCCGUCCUUCAUCCUCUUCGUCCUGGUGCUGGCCUGCCUGCUGACCGGCAUGGCGCUGCUGGCCGUGUUUAAGGUGGACGGGGAGAACCGGACGGUGAACGCCGUGCUGUUCGCCAUCGGCAGCGUGGUGGGUCUGGCUCUGCUGCUGAACUGCAGGACGUGGUGGCAGGUGACCGACUCGGUGCUGAACUCUCAGAGGAAGAGGCUGCACAGCGCCGCCAACAGGAUGCACAAGCUGAAGAGCGAGGGCUUCAUGAAGGUGCUGAAGAACGAGGUGGAGCUGAUGGCGAGGAUGGCGAAGACCAUCGACGGCUUCACGCAGCAUCAGACGAGGCUGGCGGUCGUCAUCGACGGACUGGACUCCUGCGAACAGGACAAAGUCCUGCAGAUGCUCGACACGGUGCGGGUGUUGUUCUCCAAAGGCCCCUUCAUCUCCAUCUUUGCCAGCGACCCUCACAUCAUCAUCAAAGCCAUCAACCAGAACCUGAACAGCGUCCUCCGAGACUCCAACAUCAACGGACACGACUACAUGAGGAACAUCGUCCACCUGCCCGUCUUCCUCAACAGCAGAGGACUCUCCAGCGCCAGGAAGAUGUGUGCUGCUGCACCGGCUAACGGAGACGCCGCCAACGCUGACGCAGGCUGGCACGAGGAGCUGGACAGGAAACUGUCUCAGCACAGUUUGGGAGAAUUAACCAAGUUCGGCAGCAAGACGACGCUCAACCGCAGGGACACGUACCGGCGGCGUCAGGUGCAGCGCUCGGUGACUCGUCAGAUGUCGUUCGACCUGACGAAGCUGAUGGUGACGGAGGACUGGUUCAGUGACAUCAGCCCACAGACCAUGAGGAGGCUGCUCAACAUCGUCUCCGUCACAGGUCGUCUGCUGAGAGCCAAUCAGAUCAGCUUUAACUGGGACCGCCUGGCGUCGUGGAUCAACCUGACGGAGCAGUGGCCCUACAGGACGUCCUGGCUCAUCCUGUACCUGGAGGAGACCGACGGAGUCCCGGACCAGGCCACGCUCAAGACCAUCUACGAGAGGGUGUCAAAGAACAUCCCGACCACCAAAGACGUGGAGCCUCUGCUGGAGAUCGACGGGGACGUCCGGAGCUUCGAGGUCUUCCUGUCGUCCCGGACGCCCGUCCUGACGGCCAGAGACAUCCGGACCUUCCUGCCCUGCACCGUCAACCUGGACCCCAAACUGAGGGAGAUCAUAGCAGAUGUUCGUGCUGCCCGGGAGCAGAUGAAUAUGGGCGGGGUUACGUACCCGCCCCUCCCCCUGCAGGAGGCCCAGCCCCGCCCCACCUCGGUCUACAGUCAGGUGUCGUCGGCGUGCUCGCCCUCCGCCUCCUUCUGUGGACCUUUCAACCAGCCAGGAGGGGGCGCCGUGUCACAGCAGCCUCACAGCAGUUACUACAGCGGCAUGGCGGGACCACAGCACCCCUUCUAUAACAGGCCAUAUUUCCCCCAUCACCUUUACCAGCUGCCACGCCCCUUCGUGGCCUCCUACCCAUCACACCUUCAUCCACGCCCACUACCUAAAACCUCCUUCAGUCGGGACGUCGCAGCUGCACCUUAUAAGGUUUCAUCUUUGAAAAGGAAGCAGGGUUCGGCCUCCGUGGUGUCGGGUGCUCCGGCCAUCCUCCUCAGCUCCAUGACGACGGAGGCCGUCUGUGAGCGCGUGCGGCAGAUCGAAGGCAUCGACCAGAGCAUGAUGGUACAGUACAGCGCCACCAUCAGGAAGGCGAACGUUAACGGCAGAGUUUUGUCUCAGUGUAACAUCGACGAACUGAAGAAGGAGAUGAACAUGAACUUUGGAGACUGGCAGCUCUUCAGAGCCACGGUUCUGGACAUGCGUCACAUAGAGAGUCAGGUGCUGCACGAGGACGCCGCCAGUGAGCAAGGCAGCGUUGUGGGCGGUCACGUUGAGGCGGGAAGGCGAGCAGCGGCUCCGCCCCACGCCGGUGCCGCCAACACGGACGCUUCGCCGAUGUACAGCUUCAACCUGAGCUUCGAGGAGCUGAGCACUGUGGGACUGGAUGAAUCAACAAGACACGGAAACAUGCAGUGGAUGGGUGGCGCUCACCGAACCGCCAGCAUGACCAGCCUGAACUCCCAGGAGUCCUCGAACGACAUCUCCAAGCUGACGGACAAGCAGCAGGCCGAGUACCGCAACGCCUACCAGGAGUACAUCGCCCAGAUGGCUCAGGUGGAGAUGGGCGGCGGCAGCGGCGGAGAGAGGCCCGUCCAACCACAGCCGGGACAGUUCAUGACAUCGUCAUCCGAGGACAAGAGCAAAGACGGCGGCGAGCAGGACGGACGCAAAUCCUUCAACAAGAGGAGCGGCGCCAAACCGGCAGCAGACAACACCGACUUCGCCUCCAAUGGUGACGCACUGGACCCCAUCACAGAGGAAGAUGAGAAGGGCGACCACGGAUCCUCCAAGUCGCUGCUGACCCGCAAGACCUCGGCUGAAAGAGGUGGGCUGUUCCAGGGCGCCACCGACCUGAAGCUGAAGGCCGGUGGCGGGCUGCGCUACCAGAAGCUGACCAGUGAUGAUGAGGAGUCCGAGGAGUCAGAUAACGCUCCCCUGCUGAAAGACGGCAAGAAGGCGGUCGACCCCAAACUUCCCGGCGGCUCUCUGGCGCUGAAGGGGAAGGACUACCUGUCGGACGCCAUGUUGGACAAGAAGGACUCGUCGGACUCAGGCGUGCGCUCCAAUGAGAGCUCGCCCAACCACUCGCUGCAGGACGAGGAGGCGGACCUGUCGCAGCUGGAGAGGGCCAACCUGAUCGAGCUGGACGAGGAGAGCCUGGCCAGGAAGCGAGGCCUUCCCAGCAGCCUCAGCGGCCUCCAGGACCCGGCCGUCGCCCGCAUGUCCAUCUGCUCCGAGGACCAGUGCAGCCUGCUGGCCAGUAGCCCCGAGGAGAGCUGGCCCUCAUCCAAGAGCUACAACCUGAACCGCACGCCCAGCAACGUGACGCUCAACAACAACACCAACGUCCAGCAGGGCAACCGCCCCCGCCAGCCUGCAGAGGGCUCCACCUCUUCCUCCAACCCCACCUCCUCCUCCUCCAGUGAUGUCAUCAUCUCCCCGAGCUCUGGCACCUCCGGCACCACCACCACCACCAGGCCGGGGCCGAACAACGAGAACGUCAGAGUGGUUCACCUGAAGAGGGGGCUGAAACCCGGAGACCCACCGGAGAUCUGCACCGUGUCCUCCGACACCGUCACCUUCGGCGAGGAGCGGGAGAGCAUCCUGUGACCUCACGGUGACCCGUGAAGAUCAAGAGAGCACUGAGGGUCCGCCAGGAGCCGCCUUUACACCUUCUGAACCAAUCAGAAGCUUGUAGGUAGACCAUUUACUUCACGACUCGUCUGAAACCUGCUCUGCCUACAAGCCUCUGAAGAGACGAGAAAAUCAGUUUAGGAACCUUGAAAAGAGUCGAAAAAGCGUCAGAAAUCAGCUGCUGUUUGGCAACAGUUUAAAUAUUUAGGAUUUUAGUGUCACAGUCGAUAACGUGACAUUUAAAAGGUUUAAAAGGAAGUGAAGAGCGGCUGCUGGUGGACUCGUAGCUGUAGUGUGAUUAUCGGUCAGUAACUCAGUGGUUGUGUUUGAUGCAUGCUCUCAGCUGUAGUCAGUAGAUGAACUUGAAGUUCAGUAGAAACGUUAUUCUAACUAGAAGCGUCUGCAUGUUGUUGUCGUGAUGUGAUUCGUCGCCUCCAGGAAUCAACACUUGUGCAUCACAAGUCCUUCGCCACAUUAUUAUUCGUCCCCUGCAGAUGUUUGCAAAAUAUUUCUCUCACUACUGGAACAAAAAAAUUAGAUGCUAACUAGACUUGUACGCAGGUCUAACGGGAUCCAAGUACCUGACGCAACUCCGAAGCUGCAGCGACGGCAAAGGGAGGUCGGGAGCAUUCGUUAUUCCCUGCAGAAUUACAAAAUACUACUAAAAUAAUAAAGUACUACCGACUCUAGUGGGGAAAGACUUGAAAGCUAGUUUACCGGAGUCCAAGAACCCGGUGACGCCUGGAACUGAAACAGAGCUUUUGUUGUUUAGGAACAAAUCCACGGUGUCGCGCUGCCUCCUAGAGGCCUUUCUAAGCUUUUACUUUACAAGAACAGCAGAUUUGAAACACCAUUAUCGUAUUACUGAAUAUAAACCUGAGAUAAUACGAACAUUGUUAGAUUUUCUCCUAAUUUGGCAUCAUAGCUCUGAAGAAUCCAUUGGUGAGAUAAAGCAGGUUUUUUUAAUUUGUUUUUAUAAAUUAAUCUGACACAAGUGGGUUUCGUAUAUAUUUUGCAAAAUAAAUGUACAGGUGGGAAUGUGCGUGGCGUACAAUACAUGAUGCAGUUCACGCAAUUUGACCAUUUUAUCGUGAAAUCUGAACAGUUUGGGCCGAAGAACCAAACUCACAGCUGAAAUGUGAAGAGAAGAAUAAUGAUGAAAAUUAAAUAAAGUAAAGCAGCCGGUGCCUCGAACCCGACGUAGCUGAACGUCCGUCUCACCGCGUUCACAGACGUAGAUCGCAGCUCACAGGAGAUGAUCGGGCAGGUGGAGGAUUCUGGGUCUGUCCUCGUAAAGCUGUGAAAAAACUCACGUUUGUGAAUGUGGAGAAAAGAUUUUGUGUCUAAAUGAAAUUAGAUCAGUAUAAAUUUUGGCUCUGGUUCCCAAAAUAUUCACAGCCACAGUCUCUAAAGUCUUUUCUGAAAGUGUAAAUCUUCUGGGGAAGAGUCUGGAGUCUUGUUCCUGUGAGGCUGCUGGCUCUGAAGGUACGGGGAGGCGGGCGUGGCAGCAACACCUGGGCACCUUCAGCAGCUGGAGCUCCGUCGCCUUGGUGGCGUUCGUCUGUCAGUAUUAAGUCGUAGCUGAACUCGUAUCAGUUCACAGUGUUUGUGUUUAGAGGCAGAGAGUUGUUUCGUUUAAUCCGUGAUCGUGUUUGAGCGUCGUGCCGUUGAAUCUGAUACUGAGAACUGGAGGCUCUGAAGUUUGGGCUCGACUCUAGAGUCAUCGAUUAGUCGAUUAAUCGUUUAGUAGAUCAAAAGAAAAUUAAUCCGGCAACUAUUUUAAUAACUUUUUCAACAGAAAACUUCUCAAAUGUGAGAAUUUGCUGCUUUUCUUGAUCUUACACGAUAGUAAACGCAAUAUUUUUGGGUUUUGGUCGAACAGAACAAGACGUGUGAUGUCUUAAAGAUCAAAUGAUCAAUCAAUAAAGUAAACUUCAGAUAAAUCGAUAAUGAAAAUGAUUAGUUGUCUCAAAGAUUCGAAUCCAGAACGCGUUCCAGCGACUUCCUGCCUCUUUAGAUGACAUCAUAAUAAAGUGAAGCGUUCGUCCCGCAGGCUGAGAGUCCGUAAACGGACGAGUUUCAUCGUCAGUGACGUUCAGCGUGUUUCAAACAGCUGAACAGAGAAACGUUUAGAAGACGAGGUCGAAGCCGGACUGACGCUGGAGUUAAAAAACAAGAAGUUUUUAAACAGAAUAAUCUCAGUAUCAGACGUGUUGUCUGUCAGGUGAAGCUGUAUGUCGACGACUCAGUGCUCUCAACAUCUGUCAACAUAUUUAAUCUGUGGUGAACUAAAAGAAAUAAAGUCUGGAUGUUGAACGUU